CGUGAACCACAACUGACACCACAGAGGGAAAAGAAAAGAAGACAUUUCAGUCACUCAUAGCGGCGGAGAAGAGCCGAAGCAAGCGGAGGCUCAAGGAUAAUCCAUAGCUAAGCUCGGUCAUGGCGGUGGUGUCCACUUCUCUUGCAUCUCAACUAUCAGCAGUCCGAUUGUCCAGCUCCAAGUCCGACAUUUCUCAGACUCUGUUUCAGAACGUUCACUCACAAAUCCGCCUUGCCUCCUCUCGGAAAGGUUCCCGUGGCGUUUUCACCAUGGCUGGCUCCGGCAAGUUCUUCGUUGGUGGAAACUGGAAAUGUAAUGGUACAAAGGAAUCUAUAGCCAAGCUUGUCUCAGACUUGAACAAUGCAAAGUUGGAGGAUGACGUUGAUGUUGUUGUAGCACCUCCAUUUGUCUACAUUGAUCAGGUGAAGAGCUCUUUGGCAUCUAGGAUUGAGAUUUCUGCCCAAAACUCAUGGGUGAGCAAGGGUGGCGCUUUUACAGGAGAAAUCAGCGUUGAACAAUUGAAAGAUAUAGGCUGCAAGUGGGUUAUCCUUGGGCACUCUGAGCGGAGACAUAUCAUUGGUGAAGAUGACCAGUUUAUAGGAAAGAAGGCUGCCUACGCCUUGAGUGAGGGUCUUGGAGUAAUAGCCUGCAUUGGGGAAUUACUAGAGGAAAGGGAAGCUGGGAAAACUUUUGAUGUGUGCUUUCAACAAUUGAAAGCUUUUGCAGAUGCUAUUCCAAGUUGGGAUGGUGUUGUUAUUGCAUAUGAGCCUGUAUGGGCAAUUGGGACUGGCAAAGUGGCUACACCCGAGCAAGCACAGGAAGUGCAUGCAGCAGUUCGUGAUUGGCUUAAGAAGAAUAUCUCACCAGAAGUUGCAUCUAAAACACGAAUUAUUUAUGGAGGAUCUGUGAAUGGAAGUAAUUGUGCUGAGCUUGCAAAAAAAGAGGAUAUAGAUGGAUUUCUAGUUGGAGGUGCUUCGUUGAAGGGUCCUGAAUUUGGAACGAUUGUUAAUUCUGUAGCCGCCAAGAAAGUUGUUGCUUGAAAAUUUUAGGAGUUUCUGAUGUCAAAGCGCAAGAGGAGAGGGUGGCAAUGUUUUGUGUUUACAAUAUCCUUUGGCUCUUUUUCAUGCUAAUCAAGUUUUCAGCGUGUUUCAGGUUCUUUGUUCAAUUAAAAAGGAAGAAAAUUAUAUCCUUAUGUUGUAUUUCUGAGGCUACUUUGCUAUACAACACUAGAGUACAGAAAUUGUUGGAUCGGAAUAUGUCCACCUAAUAAGAGUUCUACCCAUAUUUCUCAAUUUUUACUAAUAAGAGUUCUACCCGUCUUUCUCAA